AUCACCGUGCCAGCCCUGCCAUCGGAGACUGCCUCGGCCCCAACAUCCCGCCUACCCAGUCAAGGAGGGAAGGAAGCCAAGCAUCAGCUAGCAAACAGCCCGAAAUCCGCCGACAGAUACCCUCUUUCAACCGGCUAGAACAUGACUAAGAAAUGGGAUGAGCACAUGGCCAUCAUCAUGAGGCUCUACAAGGAGCAAAACAUUCCUCUCCACGAAGUCCAGACAAUCAUGGAGCAGAAGCACAACUUCAAGGCCUCGUGGGUGACCACCCCCUCGUUUUACAAACUCGCGCAAGUUGAAUUACCUCCUGACUCCCAUCUCAGCACACGGGCGUACCGCUCUCGCUUCGAAAAAUGGGGCAUACACAAGUACAACUGUCGGCGGAAGGGCUCCUCGGACGGACAAGUCCAUGCCCUCCCGGCGGCCCCGCUUGAAGGGGGGGAAAGCACCGCCGCUGUGACGCCGCCGGUAAGCCCGGGAAACUCUGACCAGCCGGGCACGCGUUCCGGCCCCUCGAACGGCCCCUUCUGCGGCCUGGAGUCGCAGAUAUAUCCAAUAUCGCCCGGGUAUGCCAGUUGAGCAGAGCAGAGCCACCAGCCCGGCCGGAACCCUGACGACCAUGUCGCAGUGCUACCAGGGCGGCGACCAGACGGCCGAUUUCAGUCAGCAGGUGCAGCUGCAAGGGUACUACAGCCCCUUUGAGCAGUUCCAGCCGCAUUCUUCGGACCCGUACCACCAGCAGCAGCAGC